CACUCGAGGCUCUAUCAUACAGGCAGUGAAGAGCAGCAAUCGGUUGUAUCUUGUGCAGGUUGGAGAAGGAAAGACAAGGAAAGAAAAGACAAGAUAAGAAAGAACGAGACAAGAAAAGAGAAGAACAAGACAAUAAAGAAGCGUCCAAAGAGGAGAAAGGCUUGCAGUGAUUACAGUAUGGAAACAAAAACACUUCGGCUCAAGCAAGUUCAGGUUUGAUCUUCCAGUGCCACCCCUCGUCAGACUACAAGUGAGCCAUGGCAAAUCCUGCGCUCACAGAAGACGCUGUGAACACUGGUGCAGUUGCAUGGGUCCUGACGUCGGCAGCUUUGGUGUUCUUGAUGACAGCUGGACUUGGUUUCUUCUAUGGUGGUUUGGUGCGAGACACGAACGUAAUCAACACCAUGAUGAUGAGUGUAGCAUCAAUGGCAAUCGUAUGCUUGACCUGGGUUGUCUUCGGGUUCUCUUGGGCCUUUGGAGACAAUGGCGGUGCAGCCAUUGGAAACAUUGUGGGGAACUUCGACUACAGCCUGUGGAUGAACCGGGACAUGAAGAUGUGGGGUGAUUCUGGGCUUCCAGGUCUUUGUUUCGCAGCUUUCCAGAUGACCUUCGCCAUUAUUGCAUCUGCUAUCAUCUCAGGCUCUUUGGUGGAGCGGAUGCGCUUCAGUGCCUACGCCAUCAUGUUGGCCUUGUGGUCUUUGCUGAUUUAUGCACCUCUCUGCCAUUGGGUUUGGGGCCCUGGUGGUUGGAUUGCGGAGAUGGGAGCUCUUGAUUUUGCAGGAGGCACCGUGGUUCAUAUCAGCUCCGGCGUGUCUGGUCUGGUGGCUGGUGCGAUCGUCGGACCCCGCAGACAUGUGGAGAAGGAGCUGGGGCCUGCCAAUGCUCCUUUCGUGAUCCUGGGUGGCAGCCUCCUGUGGUUUGGCUGGCUGGGCUUCAAUGGCGGGUCUGCUUUGUCAGUGAGCGAUGGUGUGGCAGCCCGUGCUGUGGCCACUACCUUUGUGGCUGCUGCUUCCUCCAUGUUGAGCUGGUUGAUGCUUGAGCGCCUCCUGAAGGGUAAAUCUUCCAGUGUUGGAGCUUCUGUCGGAGCGGUGGCCGGACUUGUUUGCAUCACACCGGGCGCUGGCUUUGUGACACCUGGUUGGAGCAUUGCUAUUGGGGCUUUGGGUGCUGUUUGGUGCUAUGUCUCCGUCGAGCUUGUGAACAAGGCGAACUUGGUGGAUGACACUCUGGAUGCCUUUGGCUUGCAUGGUAUGGGUGGCAUUGGUGGGGCCAUUUUGACGGGCAUCUUCGCUUUAGAUGGUGGCCUCAUCUACACCGGGAAUUUCGAGCUGUUGGCCAAGCAGAUUGCUGGUGCCAUGGCAGGUGUCGCCUUCUCAGCCGUUGGCACUGCCAUCAUUGUGGUGGCCUUGAGGCUGGUGAUGAAGUUGCGAAUCCCAGAGGAGCAGGAGAUUGAAGGCGUGGAUCAGCACACACAUGGUGAGACCUACCACAGUCCAGUGAAGAAGUAUCCUCAGACCACCUCCGAGUCCAGCGAAGACGUUUGAUUCGGACACCGAAGAAACUCACGUUUGAGUCUGUGUGCGACCAGAACACACAUGUAAUUCAUUGUCUAGAUUUUCGGUUCAAAAGGGUGGAGUCCUUGUGAACCUGAUCAUCCAGUCUAACUGGGUCUGUUUCUUGGAGCUCUCUACGAAGAUGGAGUGCUUGCUGAAGUGGACGUGAUGGAGCUCACUUCAGCGUCUUUAUGUUUGCUGUCCACAAGGAUGGAGAAGCAAUGCUGAGGACCUCUCAGCUUGAUUUGGAGCAAUCAAAGCCUGCAACCUUUCUUGCGGAAAA